GCGCGGCCCCCGGGAUGCGGACGCCGGCGGUGAUGACGCUGGGCAUGGUGCUGGCGCCCUGCGGGCUGCUGCUCAACCUGACGGCCACGCUGGCGCCCGGCUGGCGGCUGGUGAAGGGCUUCCUCAACCAGCCUGUGGACGUGCAGCUGUACCAGGGCCUGUGGGACAUGUGCCGCGAGCAGAGCAGCCACGAGCGCCAGUGCAACCAGCCGGACCCGUGGGGCUACUUCGACACCCAGCUGGUGCGCGUGGCGCGGGCCCUCAUGGUCACGUCGCUGGCCACCACGGCCCUGGGGCUGCUGCUGGCGUCGCUGGGCGUGCGCUGCUGGCAGGAGGAGCCGCGCUUCGCGCUGGCCGGCCUCUCGGGCGCGGUGCUCUCCGCCGCCGGCCUGCUCAGCCUCAUCCCGGUCUCCUGGUACAACCACUUCUUGGCGGACCGCAGCGUCCUGCCCGCCGACGCCAGCCCGGUCACGCUGCACGUCAGCUACAGCCUGGUGCUGGGCUACCUGGGCAGCUGCCUGCUGCUGCUGGGCGGCUUCUCGCUGGCGCUCAGCUUCGCGCCCUGGUGUGAGGAGCGCUGCCGCCGCCGCCGCAAGGAGCCCGCGGGCGGCCCGCGCCGGCCCAGCGUCAGCACGGUGCACGUCGGCUGGCCCAAGCCCGCGCUGCCGCCCGCCAUCAAGUACUACAGCGACGGCCAGCACCUGCCGUGGCCGGCCAACCCCGGCGCCGCCCGCCGGCCCAAGGCCGGCUUCCCCAUGCCGCGGCCGCAGCCCGGCGCCUACACCAACCAGAUAGACGUGCUCCGCGGGGAGGACGCCCGCUCCUCCCGCGACUCCUUGGGCAGCACCUGGUCCUGCCACGCCUCGCUGCCCUGCGACUCCGACCUGUAGACGGCGCACCCCUCCUCUCCCAGGCCUGCUCUGGGCCGGUGCUGCGGGGACGAAGGACUCGCCCCCACCACGUCCAGCCCUGAACUU